AUGCCCGCCCUUCCUGCAGGGUGCACGUACUGCGACUUCAACAAGUACGUGUCGGCUGAGGUGGAUCACGAGCGAAUGAAGCGGUGCCUGGUGGCCGAGCUCCGCCGCCAGCUGGACAGCUCCUACAUAGAGCGGGUGACGUCCGUCUUCUUCGGCGGCGGAACGCCCUCCAUGGCUCUGCCCUCCACGGUCGAGGCGGUCGUGUCGUCGCUGCGAAGCCGCUUGACUCCAGGCGCCGAGGUCACCCUGGAGGCCAACCCCACCAGCGCCACCUGCGACGCCCUGGAGGCGUUUCGACAAGCCGGUGUCAACCGACUCUCGCUGGGCGUGCAGGACAGGUGGCGCCACCUGCGCGGACACGCUGAGCUGCGCCGUCUGAGCACGCUGCUGGAGGUGUCAGACGAGCGCCUGGCGCCAACCGAGCGCGGCAUGGACGUGCUGGAUGCACUGUUGCCCGAUCUGCUGAACGCGCUCGAGUCGCGCGACGAGCAAGUCACUGAGGACUUGGGCAGGACAUCGGUGGCCCUGUCGGGGGAGGCCGCGCGGGGUCUCUGUGACUUGUCGCCGCCCCCGGUCACCAGACAGACUGGUCUCGAGUCACUGUGA